CUGCGACUUGCUCAGCAAGCAAGCCAGCCAGAUAUCUAUUCAUCUAACCAUGGCGAUUUUGCCAUUGACGCUGCUGCUCGGUGCUGCAGCGAGUUCGGUUCUCGCUGCAGGAUCAAGCCGCCCACGCGGCGUUGGACCAGAGUUCGCAAAAUUCUAUACUCCUGCAGAUACAUUUACGUGUAUUUCGAAUCCAUCUAUCAAGAUUGCUGCUUCAAAAAUAAAUGACGAUUACUGCGAUUGCCCCGACGGCUCCGACGAGCCUGGCACUUCGGCUUGCUCCUAUCUCUCGCCCCUGACGCCAUCGUGGCCUGCCGCUGUUGUCGGCGAUACUAGCAAUACUACCUUGGCCCUUCCUGGGUUUUACUGCAAAAAUAAGGGCCAUAUACCCGCCUAUGUUCCAUUUGAGAGAGUGAACGACGGGGCCUGUGACUACGAGCUCUGUUGCGAUGGGAGUGAAGAAUGGCAAGGUGUUGGCGGAGUGACUUGCGAGAAUCGGUGCAAAGAGAUUGGAAAAGAAUGGCGAUCGCAAGACGAGCAGAGGAAGCGUUCCCUUGGUACGGCGAUCAAAAAGCGAAAAGAAUUGGUCGCGGAGGCAGGCAGACUUCGAAAGGAAGUUGAAGAUCGCAUCGAAGACCUUAAAAUUCAGAUUCAGGGCAACGAAAUGAAGGUCCAGAAUCUAGAGAGAGAUCUGGCGGACCUUGAGCGCCGUGAGAGAGGUCGAGUUGUGAAGCCUCUCGGGACUGGCAGUAAGGUCAAUGUUUUGGCUGGCCAAGCCAAGGCAAGAAUUGAAGAGUUGAGAGAGGCGGCGAUCAAAGUGCGCCAAGAGCGAGACGAGUACGAGGGAAAACUCAAGGAGCUGGAGACCAUUCUUUCUACAUUCAAGGUCGAGUAUAACCCGAACUUCAACGAUGAAGGUGUCAAACGCGCCGUGCGGAGCUGGGAGGACUAUGCUGCGCAGCAGCCGGCCGGAGACGGCAAUACUGCUUUAGAACGCGAUCUGGACGAAAUCCUCAAGCCAGACAGUGAGACCGGCACAAUUGACUGGGAGGAGUAUGGAAGCGUACAAGAAGACGACGUUGAAGCCCUCUACAAAUUCGAGGAAUACCUUCCGACCUCCGUUCGUGACUGGAUUCACGAGAAAUGGCAUGAUCUUCGUGUCCUCCUCAUCCAGAAUGGAAUUCUGGCAGAGUCUACACCAGGAGUCGAGUCCAAGGGAGUUAGCACUGCCAAGAAUUCUCUCAAUGCCGCCAUAAAUGAGCGGAACAGCGCUCAAGCGGAUCUCCAGCGUCAUCAGGACGACCUCUCUAAGGAUUAUGGCGAAGACGAUAUCUUCCGAGCGCUCAAAGGGCAAUGUGUCUCAACCGACUCUGGAGAAUACACCUACUCACUUUGCUGGCUUGAUCGGACAGUCCAGAAGCCCAAGAAAGGAGGCGGCGACACAGGCAUGGGUAACUUUGUACGCCUUGACAAGGUCACUGUAGAUGAGGAGGUCUUGCCAGAUGGCAAAGGUCUUGGCUCAGGUGAGAGGGUUGCCUUGCGCUUCGAGAACGGUCAGCAUUGCUGGAAUGGGCCAAAUAGAAGUACACUAGUGAUCUUAGCCUGCGCCGAAAAGGACGAGAUCUGGAAGAUUGUGGAAGAAGAAAAGUGUGUGUAUCGCAUGGAAGUAGGCACUCCAGCCGUCUGCUCUGCUCACUCUUCAUCGGCCGGUGCGGCCAGGAGUGAGACGCCAAAAGACGAAUUAUGAUGAGUUUCCUCUACUAGUAUCAUUCUAGAGAUUUUGUUUUAUUUUAGCUAAGUUAGACAUAUGGCAAUGUUCUCUGGCAAGGAAUUUACACCUUUUCCAUUUUGCCAUCUUGGGGAACACGUGCAUUACUCAACAUUGACCAUCUCGCUCAACUGUGCACAGAAUGCAUACUCGUCGCCAAAUGACUCCAGAAUACUCUCACAUAGGUGACUUGGGACAAUGACAAAUACCUGGCACGGGAUUGAGAAAUGCAGAUGACAGUCAUACUUGAAAACAAUGACUCGUCCUAUCAAUGAUGAUUGUCACGAAUAACGUAUAAGUUGCAUGCC